CACCAUGUCUACACCUGUCCCUUUUCCGGCUAUCGCCACCACCUCAACACCUCUCCGAUCUUCCCAUCAUCAUCAUUUUUUACAACCCGACCGAGCCACAUUCCUCAUCGAAAAAUCGAAAUCCAUCCACCAAGUCCUUCAAAUUCACGCCGCUCUUCUCCGUAACGGAUUAGAGCGUCAUCCAAUCUUAAAUUUCAAGCUCCAACGCUCUUACUCAUCUCUAGGAAAACUCAAUUAUUCUGUUUCUCUUUUCAAUCUUACUGAUAACCCUAAUGUCUUCUACUGGACCUCAAUCAUCCAGUCUCAUACACUCCAUGGCCUCCAUCAGCAAGCGCUUCUUCUCUUCAGCCGAAUGCUCGAAAAUGAGGUCGACCCGAAUCCAUUUACAUUCUCCUCCAUCUUAAAAUCAUGUCCUCUUAAACCAGGUAAAGCACUUCAUUCCCAAGCCAUAAAGUUUGGACUGGAUUCUGAUGUGUAUGUCAGAACUGCUCUAUUGGAUGUUUAUGCGCGCGGUGGGGAUAUAAUAUCUGCUAGUCAGUUGUUUGAUACUAUGCCUGAGAAGAGUUUAGUCUCUUUAACGGCUAUGAUCACUUGCUAUGUGAAACAUGGAAAAGUUGGUGGAGCUCGUAAACUGUUUGAAGGGAUGGAAGAGAGGGAUGUUGUUUGUUGGAAUGUAAUGAUCGAUGGGUAUACUCAAAAUGGUGAUCCUAAUGAAGCUUUGGCUUUGUUUAGGCGAAUGUUGUGGGCAAAAUGUAAGCCUAAUGAAGUCACUGUGUUGUCUGUAUUAUCUGCUUGCGGGCAGCUUGGUGCAUUGGAAUCGGGUAGAUGGAUGCAUUCUUACGUUGAUAGUAUGGGGAUUCGGCUCAACGCUCAUGUUGGAACUGCAUUGAUCGACAUGUACUGUAAAUGUGGAAGUGUGGAGGAUGCUCGUGUGGUAUUUGAUAUGAUUACGAAUAAAGAUGUCAUAGCUUGGAAUGCUAUGAUUGUGGGGUACGCAGUCCACGGAUUCAGCCGGGAAGCAUUAGAGUUAUUUUCGCAAAUGCGUGAAUUGGGAUUUCACCUAUCUGAUAUAACUUACAUAGGUCUUUUGCAUGCUUGUAGUCACGCCGGAUUACUUGCUGAGGGGCGAGCUUUUUUCCAAUCAAUGAAAGUGGAACAUGGAAUUGAACCCAAGAUUGAGCAUUAUGGCUGUAUGGUUGAUCUUCUAGGUCGGGCAGGGCUUUUGGAUGAAGCAUAUGAGCUUGUUAAAGGUAUGCAAAUUGAUCCAGAUCCUGUUCUUUGGGGAACGCUACUUGGUGCUUGUAAGCUCCAUGGGAACAUCACUCUUGGAGAACAUAUUGCCCAAUCCCUCGUCGAUAGAGGUCUAGCAAACUCGGGAACAUACAUUCUCCUUUCAAAUAUGUAUGCUGCGGCAGGAAAUUGGGAUGGAGUUGCAAGGAUGAGAACAUUGAUGAAGGACAGCAAAGUUCAGAAGGAACCAGGGUGCAGCUCAAUUGAAGUGAAUAACAAGGUUCAUGAAUUUCUUGCCGGGGACGUAAAACAUCCAAAGAGUAAAGAAAUUUACAAUAUGUUGCAGGAGUUGAAUUUACGAUUAAAAGCUCAUGGAUAUAUUCCACAAACAGACAUAGUACUAUAUGAUGUAGGAGAGGCAGAAAGAGAGAGAGUUCUUAGUGUGCAUAGUGAGAAGCUUGCCAUUGCAUUUGGUCUCAUCAGUACUCAACCUGGAACUCCAAUUAAAAUUGUGAAAAACCUCAGAGUUUGUUCAGACUGCCAUACUGUGACCAAACUUAUUUCAAAGAUCACGAAUCGUAAGAUUGUUGUUAGGGACCGCAAUCGGUUUCACCAUUUUGUUGAUGGAUCAUGCUCUUGUGGGGAUUAUUGGUGAAGUGUGUAAUUCUUCCCGAACUAGGGUUCCAUUUGAAUCACAAUUUGUGCAGAACAUUGCAGUAAACUGUAAUUUUGGUAU